AUGACCUCGCCAAAAGGCAGACGCCGCUCUUCGCUCUCAGCAGCCUUCGACCACUUCCGCAACAAAUGCCGCAAGACAAGAAUUGACAGUCUUCUCUCUCCGCCCAAACUGGACUCUGGGACCUCCAAUGAUGAAGAGGAAAGCUUUGAUUCUUCCUCUGACUCUGACGGUGUUCCUUUGACUGCAAGAUCUGGAGACAAGAGCUUUGAGCAUCGAGAUGUAGAGGAGAAUCAAGACGAAGACGACAACAAAACGGAGAGCACCUCCAGCCGCUGUGACAGCAAGUUACCCGACUUCAACUUUGACGAUUGUUCCUUUAGCACUGGCUUUGAACUCGGAGCAGAGGAUAGCGACACCAGUCCAGACGAGGACAAACGACUUCUGUCCGCUCUUGCAGACUUCAAUGCCGAAGAAGCUACCGAGGUCGAAGACUUUGCUCGCUACUUUCAUCUCUCUCGUCGCCAGCACCGUGGUCAUGGAAAGAUAGUUGAGGAGAAACAGAUUAGUCCUACUGGGAGCAUGGAUACUGGAGUUGCGGACGCGAGUUCGUUGACGAACUUGCUGCAUUCGGACAACUCGGGCUCGACUCUGGAUUUUGAGGUCGGUGUGCCCUUACAGAGGACUGUCGCCAGAGCGAACCUGCAGCAAGAGCGGACGACACAGACUCAGACUGAGCCUCAGACACAUGAGCAGAGUCUUACGCAGAGUACCUAUGCUUCUUUGGACGAGGUCGUGAGGGACACUGUGCUGAUGAAAGACAACAAGGAAACGAAAGAAGAUGCAGAGGAGAGUGGGAGAGGAAAAGAAGUGCCAGUGGUGAGGACGGUUGAUGGAGUAAGGUUGGAUGCUAGACCAUUGAUCAGACAUUCAGGGACUGCAGCUCCACCACACAGCUCGUUGCAGCUGCACACAAUAACCUCCAACUACGAGAACUUCCUGGAAUCUACUGAUCAAUGGCCAUCCAUCUCGCGAUCUGUCACAGAAAUCCCAGGAGCGCGCAAUCGAUCUCGACCCCAACUUACUUCUUGGUUCUCUUCAUCGUCCGAGUCAAGUGUGGAAGGCAUACAGCUAGGCUUACCUUCCUACCGUCGUCGCAGCGCCAUAGAGUCACACCUCUCUCCACCACCAGCGGUGGACAGGAAACGCCAUCAAACAACUCUGGAGACAAGACGUCCUGUCUCCUCCCACAUCCCAACAUCACAUCCAUCAAAUAUCUCCAACAUCACCAGCGCACCCAAAACCAACCAACCCAACAAUACCAAANGUCCAAAAAUCGAAUACUCACACACACCUCCUUCCCUAACAAACCCCCCAGCACCAAAAAACUACACCACCCUCUCUUCACCCUCUUCAAUCUCUACCUUUCACUCCACCCUAACCGCAAAAAUCAACACUGCAAUCUCCACCGGCGCCAUAAAAGCAAAUCAAAUCAGCGUCAAAGAACGCGUCCGCAGACUCUCUGGAGCAAGGAGUUUGCAGCAAGGCUGGGAAGCUGGUGGUAGGGUUAUGACUGAAGGAGCGAGAAGGAUGAGUGGGUGGGGAAGAGACNUAGGAGAAGCUGUUGUUGCGUCUGGGGGUGUGGGUGUGGGGUGGGCGGAUGGGCAAACAGAUGGAGAUGGGGAUAUUGGAGCGAGGAGUGCUAGUGUUUAUUAUGGGGGUGGUUUCGUUUGA